GUCCUGAUUGAUUUGUUCAGUAAAACCAGUUCAGGCUUCAUGAAGUGUUGAAGAGAUUAUCACCAGUUUAUUAUUGACCAUGAUUGUCUGACUGUGGCUGACGGUGGUGGGUGGUGUUAGGACCUUCACAGGGAGGUGUCAGACUCCAUGAACAUCACCUCCAUGUUAAUUGUGUGGUCAGAGUGUGAAGUAUGAGGGUCACAUGUUUGUAUCUUCAGCUGCAAACCACCACAUGUCGACCUGCACGUGUCCUCUCUGCUGCUCAGUCUGUUUCUGUUAAACUCGAUUUAAAUACGAGCCUGUAUCUGUUCUAUUUAUUUCUGUUAAGUUGUAUUGUGCAGAUGAAGGGUUGGACCUCUGUCGGUGUAUUCAUGCAGUAACCUGUAGAACCAGCAGAGGGCGCUGUCAGCGUCUCCUGACCACAGACUUGAGUCUGAGAGAGAGACAGUGGCAGAGACAGAAACAGAGAGCGGUGGUUUUGGUCUCUGUCGGUUGGAUUAUGGCUCGCAGGAGGAUGGAAACUAAACCAGUGAUCUACUGUCUGAAGACGCUGCUGCUGCUCUACUCCUUCAUCUUCUGGGUGACAGGUGUGGUCCUGCUGUCUGUGGGGUUAUGGUGGAAGUUCAUGUUGGGCCCCUACAUGUUGCUGAUCUCCAGCGGCCCCUCCAACGGCCCGUACGUCCUCACCGGCACCGGAGCCGCCAUCGUGUUGUUCGGACUGUUCGGCUGCUUCGCCACCUGCAGGGGGCGCCCCUGGAUGUUAAAACUGUACGCUGCCUUUCUGUCUCUGGUCUUCAUGACUGAACUCAUCGCUGGAAUCUCUGGCUUUGUCUUUCGCCAUGAGAUUAAAGGGACUUUCCUCACUACGUACAGCGAUGCAGUGAUGAAAUACGACGGCCGAGACGACAGGAGUCUGGCUGUGGACGGAGUCCAGCGUAGACUCCACUGCUGUGGAGUGUAUAACUACACCAGCUGGUUCAGCAGUGUGUACUUCCCGGUUGGGGGGGUUCCUGCCAGCUGCUGCAUCAGCUACUCCGACUGCAGCGGAGCCGACCUGAAGAACGCGACUCUGGCUGCUCGAAAAGUCUAUAAGCAGGGUUGUUAUGAGUUGGUGACGUCCUUCAUCGAGAGCAACAUGGGAAUCAUCGCUGGAGUCACCUUUGGCAUCGCCUUCUCUCAGUUGAUAGGGAUGUCUCUGGCCUGCUGUCUGUCUCGCGUCAUCAACGCCAACCAGUACGAGAUGGUCUGACAGAGAAGAAGAUGAGGAUGCACAUCACCAUGGCAACCUGAGGAAACACACACACACACACACACACACACACACACACACACAUACACACACAUAUACCACUUUCUCUGUGUGAAAAUCUGUUCAGGUCAAGAAAUAACACAGUUCGUAAUAUCAUGUAAUAACCUCAGAGUAGUCUCAUGGCCACCAGGGGGCGCCAAGCACCAUGUCCUGUGUUUGUUAUUUAUUUGAACUUUGUUGAUGUGAUUGUGAUGAAACUGAACCCUCCAUGAUCCUUUGAGGACUGACUGUGUCCUGUGCUGUAGGUCCGUCACUCAUUCUUUCAUCCAUGAAAUGAACUGACUGAAGCUGUGAAACAUGAGAAAUAAAACAGCAACAAACAGAGGACGUGUUUCCUUUAUAAGACGCUCACACAGUCUGCAGCAGGAAAACUGCAGGAACAGAGUUUUACUGACUGAUUCUGUUACAGUAACAACAGAAAACACGAGUUCAUGUUCGCUCAAUAAUCUGUGGCUUUCUAGUGAACGAUUGACGUCAUGAUGUUUGUAAACAACUGUGAAAUAAACUUUAUAUUUUC